AUGGUUGAUCAUAGAGGUCAUGAAAUGCAUAAGUCAAAUCAGAGUAAUAUUAGUACAAGUAUCACAAGUCAAGUUAAUGAUAUAUCAGUUUCAAAUACAGUCAGUAUAGGUAACAAUAAUAUAUCGACUGAUAGGUUUCGGGAUGAUAAUCUCGAAGAGGAUGAAACAGAUGAAGCAGAGGAAACAAUCAAGGUGGAAAAUGUGAAUAAUGAGGAAAAUCGAAUUACUCAUAAUUAUAAUAAUCAAACAACUGAUAUAGUAAAAAUGAAAAGUGGUCUUUCAAAUUAUACAAAUCAAAAUGAUCAUAGUAAAUCUCAAAAUUAUGAUGAAUUUGAUUCAAAAAGUGGAAUAAUCUAUCAAAAAUUAGAUUCUUUCAAAAAACCAUACACGCACACAAUUACAACAACAACUACUAACAUUACUACUAAUACUAUUACUACUGUAACCACUACCAAUUCAACUAUACCAUUAACUGUUAAAUUAAAUAUUCAUAAAGAGAAUGAAAAUAAUUUAGAAAUGUCCAAAGAUGAAACAAUGCGUAAUUUAGCUAGACGUACACUAGCCAUUGGUAUACCUGGAUUACAUCCAUCCAAUCAUAAAACAUUAUUUAUAUUCUCUGAAGAGAAUGCAAUUAGAAAAUAUUCAAAAAUUAUCAUUGAAUGGGGAUAUCCUUUUUUCUUUGCUAAUUUUUCAUGA